UGCAGCUGUGAAGAUCAGCAGAUAUCCAGGACUGCAUUUUCCUCAACAAUAAGCUGUAGCCGCAGCCCCCUCCCACACCGCCUGCCGACAUGGUGGUGCUGUCGCUCAAAAUCUGCGUGCGUCAGUGCAACGUCGUGAAGACGAUGCAGUUUGAGCCGUCCACAGCCGUGUACGAUGCCUGCAGAAUCAUCAGAGAGAGGGUCCCUGAGGCGCAGACUGGACAGGCUUCAGAUUACGGCUUGUUUCUAUCUGAUGAAGACCCCAGAAAAGGCAUCUGGUUGGAGUCUGGACGGACCAUGGACUAUUACAUGCUCCGUAAUGGGGAUAUUAUUGAGUACAAGAAGAAGCAGAGACCCCAGAAAAUCAAAAUGUUGGAUGGAGCUGUUAAAACAGUCAUGGUGGAUGACUCCAAAACGGUGGGCGAGCUGCUUGUGACAAUCUGCAGCAGAAUAGGGAUCACAAAUUAUGAGGAGUACUCUCUGAUCCAGGAGACGGUGGAGGACAAAAAGGAAGAGGGGACAGGUACGCUGAAGAAGGACAGGACGCUGCUGCGUGACGAGAGGAAGAUGGAGAAGCUGAAAGCCAAACUGCACACGGACGAUGACCUGAACUGGCUGGACCACAGCAGGACAUUCAGAGAGCAGGGGGUCGAUGAGAACGAGACCCUCCUGCUCAGACGCAAGUUCUUCUAUUCAGAUCAGAACGUAGACUCCCGAGACCCGGUCCAACUCAACCUGCUUUACGUGCAGGCUCGUGAUGAUAUCCUAAAUGGUUCCCAUCCAGUAUCGUUUGACAAGGCUGGUGAGUUUGGAGGCAUUCAGGCCCAGAUCCAGUUUGGACCUCACGUAGAACAUAAACACAAACCUGGAUUCUUGGAUCUGAAGGAGUUUCUGCCCAAAGAGUACAUUAAGCAGAGAGGAGCCGAGAAAAAAAUAUUCCAGGAACACAAAAACUGUGGAGAAAUGACUGAGAUUGAAGCAAAAGUGAAAUAUGUCAAACUGGCACGGUCCUUGAGGACGUACGGAGUCUCCUUCUUCCUGGUCAAAGAGAAGAUGAAGAGUAAAAACAAACUGGUGCCUCGACUCCUGGGCAUCACCAAAGAGUCUGUGAUGCGAGUGGAUGAAAAGACCAAAGAUGUGGUUCAGGAGUGGCCCCUCACCACCGUGAAGAGGUGGGCCGCGUCCCCCAAGAGCUUCACGCUGGAUUUCGGGGAGUAUCAGGAGAGCUACUACUCAGUGCAGACCACUGAGGGUGAACAGAUCUCUCAGCUCAUUGCUGGGUACAUCGACAUCAUCCUCAAAAAGAAGCAAAGCAAGGACCGCUUUGGAUUAGAAGGCGACGAGGAGUCGACCAUGCUCGAGGAAUCUGUAUCUCCGAAAAAGUCCACCAUCCUUCAGCAGCAGUUUAACCCAGUGGGUCGGGUUGAGCCCGAGUCUGUGGCUCUGAAGGGGGUGAUCCGCUCUGGCUCAAUCAGCAAUGAGCCGCUAAGCAUGGGUACCAUGCCUUCUCCUCAGCAGCAGAUCACAAUGUCCACGAUGCACCGUGGACACAUGCCUCCACUGAGUUCAGCACAGCAGGCUCUGGUGGGAACCAUCAACACCAGUAUGCAAGCUGUACAAAAGGCCCAGAUAGACCUGGGAGAAGUGGACAACCUCCCACCACUGGGACAGGACAUGGCUUCCAAGGUGUGGAUCCAGAACAAGAUGGAUGAAUCCAAACAUGAGAUCCACUCCCAGGUAGACGCCAUCACUGCGGGGACAGCAUCUGUUGUGAAUCUCACAGCCGGUGACCCCACUGACACAGACUACACAGCGGUGGGCUGCGCCAUCACCACCAUUUCCUCCAACCUGACGGAGAUGUCGAAGGGUGUUAAGCUGCUGGCUGCACUGAUGGAGGAUGAUGUGGGAGGAGGCAACGACCUGAUGAAGGCUGCCAGGACGCUCGCAGGUGCCGUGUCUGACCUCCUGAAGGCCGUGGAGCCAACCUCUGGGGAGCCCAGGCAGACGGUGCUGACAGCAGCCGGCAGCAUCGGCCAGGCCAGCGGAGAUCUGCUGCGACAGAUCGGAGAAAACGAGACAGACGAGCGCUUCCAGGACGUCCUGAUGAAUUUGGCCAAAGCAGUGGCCAACGCAGCAGCCAUGUUGGUGCUGAAGGCCAAGAACGUAGCUCAGGUUGCUGAGGACACCGUCCUGCAGAACCGGGUCAUUGCGGCCGCCACACAGUGCGCCCUGUCCACCUCGCAGCUGGUGGCAUGCGCAAAGGUGGUGAGUCCGACCAUCAGUUCCCCAGUUUGCCAGGAGCAGUUAAUUGAAGCUGGGAAGUUAGUGGACCGUUCGGUGGAGAGCUGCGUGCAGGCCUGCCUCUCAGCCACAGAAGAUGGAGAGCUCCUCAAGCAGGUAAGCGCUGCAGCCAGUGUGGUGAGUCAGGCUCUGGCAGAUCUACUGCAGCACGUCCGUCAGUACACCUCCAGGGGAGAGCCGAUCGGACGCUACGACCAGGCAACGGACACCAUCAUGACCGUCACUGACAGCAUCUUUAGCUCGAUGGGAGAUGCAGACAGGAUUGGGGGAGUUUAA